AAGAACAGCUCACUCAGUCUUAUCUCGCCCACGUUCUCUGCGGUGCGACCGAAACUGCCUUCCCACGUUUCUCAACAAAAUCUCACGCAAUUCCUCAACCGCCGGCAUCUCUAAUCGAUAUCUCGCUUUCUCUGCAAUCAUUUGGAUCCAAUUUUGCUCAGAUCUCGUCAAUGGCGGCAGUUUCCGGCGCUCUCCUGUUACCGACAUUGUUUGCAUUGGUUUUCUUCACAGACGCUGUCCUUUCCGACCAUUCGCCGUCUCAUCCACCGUCUUUACCUCCGCAACCACCAGCGGACCAAAAACCGCCUUCUCCGACCAGUCCGGCGCCGGCGCCGGCGCCGGCACCGGUACCCGCGCCUUCCCCCGGCGGUUUGUUCUCCUCUCCUCCGGCGCCUCCGGCGCCGGAUCUAUCUCCAACUCCGGAAACUGCGCCAACCGCGCCUCCGACUCCGGUGCCGGCGCCGGCGGACGCUGGAGAAGUCAGACAUGAGAAUCAGUCGUCGAGUGCAGGUGAUUUGAAAACGGAGGGCGGUAGUUCCUCCGGUGGAAUGAGCAGUGGACAGAAGGCAGGAGUGGCGAUCGGAAUCAUCGGCGGCGCGUGCGUUGUAGGCGUCGGCGCGUUUGUGUACACGAAACGGCGACAGAACAUCCAGCGCGCGCAGUACGGAUACGCCGCCCGCCGUGAGCUUCUGUAGAAGUUGAUUCCGUCGUCGGUGCGCUACAGCUACACAGCCUACACUAAAAGAGCAUUCUUGUUUGAUUAUGAUGAAGGAAGAUCUAGAGGAAUUCUUGAUUCAACUAAUGGUUAUACCAUUAGCAUUAGCUUUAGCAUUGGCAACUACCCGUGGGAGAAAGCGUGUUUUGCAUUGGGUGUAUGAGAGAUCAUAAAUUAAUAAUCGAAUCGUGUGUCGGUGCGUAUAUAAUAAUUCUCAUUUGCACUGGUCUUUUUGCAUCCUUCUU